CUUAAUUACAUCACUGGCAUAUUCUUUUAUAUGUCGUCAUUAUUAAGUUAUGGUAACUUUCUUUUAAGAAAAAUAAGUUUAUUAUUUAAAUCUGCUUUUCAUGUAAUGCAAUCGUGAAGUAAUAGUACGAAAUUAGGGUUUGCUGAAAUUAGUAGGCCAAAACAUUCAAAAACAAUAGUACAAUAGUGUUGACAGUAAAAAGAGAUUCAUUAAGAACCACAUCAGUUUACGAAAACUUUUAUCAGUAACAUCAAGUAAGAUGAGUUCGUUGAUUAGAAAUGCACUUUCGAAAUCAUUGAGAAAUGUGGUCAAAUUAGCUGGAGCUUCCGUUGGUUCAAAACGGACUGUGUACCACACAGCAUUACAUGACGAAACUCCAGAAGAACUCGAUACCAGGUACGAAUGUUUCUUCUGUCGUCCCGAUAUCGACGGUUGGGACAUUCGUCAAGCAAUGAGUGAUCUGAUAGGAAUGGACAUGGUCCCCGAACCUCGCAUUAUCAUUGCUGCCAUGUACGCCUGCCGAAGAAUAAACGAAUACGCCGUAGCGGUGCGUUUUCUUGAGGCUUGCAAGUAUAAGUGCGGUCAUCAUGAAAAAGAAAUUUGGCCGUACAUUUUGCAAGAAGUCGGCCCUACCUUGUGCGAAUUGGGGAUUGAUUCUCCGGAAAGUUUGGGUAUUGAUAAACCUGAGCUUUGGUCUCCGAGUGUCUUCGAUAUCCACUGAGUAAUUUUUUGUACCAAUGAUUUGCCGUUGACUUCAUUUUUUAUUGAUUACCAUAUUUGGAUAGUUAUUGUUCAUGUUAAGUACUCUUUACAAUUAAUAAAUAUAUAAAAAAAAUUCUAAAU